UGCGCUGUUCGAGAAAGGAAGAGGUUUGAACUCACCACUGCACCGUAGUUGCCCGCUAGGAGGGGGCGGACAUGGUGGCCAAGAUAUUCAAGUUGGCAGCAGUGCCUGCUGGCCUAGUUUUCACCUCUUAUGGCCUUUAUGCAGUUUCAGACCGGGAGCCUAAGGGAAAUCUCCUGAAACCUAUUCAGCUAUCUGUUUAUUCCGUUCCUGCACAAAAAUCUAAAUAUAUCGAAGAACACCCUGGCCGUCUCCAGUCUGGAUUGUCUUCAGUGAGGGAAACUAUUUGGCCUUAUGUGGUAUGGGGCAAGCAUUUUUGUUCAUCUGUCAGAAAUGGAGUAGAAGAUACAGUACAGUUUGGGAAAGAUAGUUAUGUUUACCUGAAAAACCCUCCUCCAGAAUUUCUUGCAAGAUUGGGUAUAAUCACAGUUAGCGGUUUAGCUGGUUUGGUCUUGGCAAGAAAAGGAUCCAGACUAAAGAAGAUUGCUUACCCCCUGGGGCUUACAACAUUAGGUAUUUCAGUUUGUUAUCCAACACAAGCAGUCAUUUUUGCAAAGUUAACAGGGCGAAAGAUUUAUACAGUAAGUCAUCAAACAUAUGAUACAUUGAGUUCCUUGUGGAAAACAAGCAUCCACAAAGAAGAUAAACCUCAAACACAAACAGAAGAUCUUAAGAUACCAGUUUCAGUGACAGAAGGGGACCAUUAUCAAGGGAAUCAAGAGGAAGUUUUGGAAACACUGAUACCGGACCUGACUAACAGUACUAAGUAUGAGGACCCAGAACCCUUAAUUGCUGUGGAGACUGAACCUCCUGCUCUUAUAAAUCAAGAAAUACUUGAUGUAAAUGAAGAAGUUAAUUUAAAUAAAGAGGGACUGAAUAAUCAGGAGAAACAGACAACUGGCUCUUCAGAUUUAAAAAAUCAGCGGAAGUUUAAACCUGACCCAAGCCUUCUGGACCAUGGACAGGCACACCCUGAAGAUGUAGAUAUGUAUAGCACCAGAAACUAAAUUAAAUUAAUCUAAUUUAACCCUUAAGUGCUUUAUUUGGGACUCUUUACAGAACACUGAUGUUAUGUGCUCUGUACAUGUCACUUCAAAGCUUUGUGUUUGUCAUCACUUCAAUUUCUACCCCAUGUUUUUGUCAUCAGCACACACUGACAACAUUUAAUGUUUAUAAAAGAAAUAAAAAUAUUUAUCACA